AUGUCACGCUCAGCCCGUCCCCUGGCCCGAAGCGGAGGCCAAGCGGCGCGCGGGGACCCCGCGGCGGGGGCGAGAACGCCCGCGGCCCCGACCCGCGGUCCCCGCCCGCCCCUCGCCCGGAAGGGGGAGAAGCCCGCCCGCGGGAGGAUUCAACAGGAGCACCGCGCCGCCCGCCUGCCGCCCGGGAAACAGCCGCCCGCCGGCCGGGGCGCGGGGGGAGGGGCGCGGCGGCGGCGGCGGCGGCGGGAGGGCGCGGGCGGCCGGGCGGCCCCGGGACCCCCGCCCGCGCACAAGGUCACCGCCCGCCGCCGCCGCCGCCGCCGCCGCCCCGGCCGGGAUCAGAGCGGCAAGUUUAAUUUCCAGAGGCUGCGGCAGAGCCCGCGGCGUGGAGGCGCGCGCCGGCCGCGGGGCCCUCCCCACCCCCACCGCGCAGCCGGCCCGCGCCCCGCGACCCCCGCCCCGGGCCACUCGCUGCAGCCCCCGAUGCCAGGAGGCGAGUCGCGCCUGGCACCCAGGCGGGCGGCGCUUCAGCCCUGCCACACACACACACACACACACACACAGCGGCAGUGGCGGCCGCUGAAAAAUGGAGCGCCGCAGCCAGAGAAGAGAGACAUUUUCCUUCCGUUAACUGAAUUGUUUCCUACCUCCGGGUUGCCGACUCGCUACUCCUCUCACUCCGGGGCUCUCCGGGAUCCGCCGCCGCCGCCGCCGCAUCCAAUCGCCUUCUCCCCCCCCUCCCCUUCCGCAGCCAGCCCGGCCGUUCCUCCUCCUCUCCGCUUCAAAAUGGCGCCAAGCGCUCUUCGGCGGCUGCUCCAAUCGAACCGCCGCGGACAGCACCCGGGGGCAGGCAGAGCGCGGCAUGGGUGCGCAGCGCCCCCUGCCGACCAGACGGCCCCGCGCGCGCCCGCCCUCCGAGCUCCGCCCCGCCCCGUCUGCGCGCGCGCACGUCCCUCCUCAGCCCCGCCCCGUCCGCGCGCACGCAGCCACACGGGCACGCCGCCGCGGGGGCCGUGAGACUGGCAGCUGUCAAGGCGUCCACUGCCCUUGGCGGCUUCCUAGACCUCUACCGACAAAAACCACACCGAUUGUUACGUAGCCCUAUCUUUUCAGAUAAAGGUGGUAGGCUGGCGGAGACACAGAGUAAUUGAGCCUGUGACGAAGCAUUCCAUUCCUUUGGCAGAAUUGUCCUUAUUAGAGGAAGAAAUUAUCUGGAGACCACAGGGACACAUUCCAGGAGGUGGGUCUCCUCCUCUCUUCACCUCUAAGGGAUGCCAGCCCCUCCUGCAGCUGUAGAGUGGGUUUAGCCUGGUCACCACAGCAGAUCACCUACCUUGCCGGGAAGGUUUCCUCCCCAGCCAGGUCCCUGCCAGAGCUGAAGAAGGGACUUCCUCCUCUUUUUACUUUAAUAUCACCCCUGCUGUAAGGAA